AUGCUGUCAGCAAAGCCAGUUUACGACUACCUUGUCAUUGGAGGUGGUUCUGGUGGCCUUGCUUCUGCUCGUCGUGCUAGUGGUAUCCACGGUGCCAAAGUCGCUCUCAUCGAAGCUCAACAUCGUCUCGGUGGCACUUGUGUCAAUGUUGGCUGCGUUCCCAAGAAGGUAAUGUGGAAUGCUGCUUCUAUUGCUGAAUCCCUUCGCGAUGCCAAGUUGUAUGGUUUCGGUGAUCAUGAGCCUGUUAAAUUCGAUUGGCAAUUCUUCAAGGAGAAGCGUGAUGCCUACGUUAAACGACUCAAUGGUAUCUAUGAGAGAAAUCUGGGUAAUGACAAGGUAGAGCACAUCCAAGGUUUUGCCAGUUUCAUCGAUAAGAAUACCGUCCGUGUUCAAAAAUCAGAGACUGAAUCCAUCGAGGUGCAAGCAAAGAAGAUUUUGAUUGCUACUGGUGGUCAUCCUUUGAUUCCCGAUAUUCCUGGAGCUCAUCUCGGUAUUGACUCUGAUGGCUUUUUCGAUCUUGAACAUCAACCCAAGCGAGUUGCAGUCAUUGGUACUGGUUACAUUGGUAUUGAAUUGGCUGGUAUUUUCAACACUUUGGGAACAAAGACUACUGUCUUUUCUCGUACAAAGCAUAUUCUUCGUAGUUUCGACAGCAUCAUCCGCGAAAACUUGCUAAAGGAGAUGCAAACUGUAGGCGUUGACUUCGCCUUUGAUUCCAGCGUCAAGGCAUUGGUUCGUGAAGGAGAAUCUGGUCCUAUUACUGUUCAAUAUGAGUCUGAUGGUAAACCUGCUACAUUGGAAGUAGAUACCGUUGUUUGGGCUGUUGGUCGCUUGCCCAAUAUCAAAAAGCUCAAUUUAAAGUCUGCAAAUGUCGAUUUGACCGAAAAGGGUUACAUUGCUGUUGACGAUUAUCAAAACACAACCUCCGACAGCGUUUUUGCUUUGGGCGAUGCUUGUGGUAAAGCUGAAUUAACACCAGUUGCUAUUGCUGCCGGUCGUAAAUUGUCUGACCGUCUCUUUGGUGGUGAACAAUUCAAGGAUUCCAAGCUUGAUUAUGAAAACAUUCCUACUGUCGUUUUCUCUCAUCCCACUGCUGGUACCAUUGGCUAUACCGAAGACGAAGCUCGUGCCAAGUUUGGCGAUGAAAAUGUCAAGACUUAUACUAGCAAAUUCACCAACAUGUAUUUCGCUAUGCUUGAACACAAGGAACCCACUGCCUAUAAACUCGUCUGUGCUGGUGCUGAUGAAAAAGUUGUUGGUGUCCACAUUUUAGGUAGAGGCAGUGAUGAGAUCCUUCAAGGUUUCGGUGUUGCUGUUCGUAUGGGUGCUACCAAGGCCAACUUUGACGCUUGUGUUGCUAUUCACCCUUCGGCUGCUGAGGAAUUGGUCACCAUGCGUUAA